AUGGACCACGCCUCGAACACGCCCAUCUGUCGCUCUGUACUGGCAUCCACAAUCGCGCUCCUUUCACUGCUGCCGUCCACUCCCACCUACUCUCCUGAUCGCUUCUCCGUAUCAGUAUGCCCUUCGACACCAAUCACUACGCCCACCCCAUCCUCGUCAAUCCCGUUGCUCCCCACGGACGAAUCCUGUUCUCCCGUGCAAUAUCCGAAAGAAGAUGGGAGGCUGCCUCUGAAGUGCGACAACUGCAUGGACAGCAAUUAUCCGUUGUGCACGCUCGGGUUGUUGAGCACUAUGGGAACCUUAGGUCCCAUGCACGAAGCAGACCCAAACAAGGCGUGGGGAUUCCUUGGGAGCGAGUGCGUUGAGCUCAGCCCGACUUUGAGUCAGCACGAGCGCAAGGUCGUAGAAGCGAUCGUCGACCUUUGGGCAAUGGCACCGGACACAUCUUGCUAUCAUAUCACGUCUUGGGCCGCGCAAGAUUAUGCAGAGGCUUUCAACAAGCCACUCGUGCGGUUCGAAAGUUUCAACUGGAGACUUGAAGAGACUCGCGAGCUGUUGCAAGAGCACUUACGCGACUUUGUCCGUCUGGUGAACCAUCACACUGAAGACUACCCCAGCCCAAGCCUCAUCCUAAAGCCGUUUGUUGAUCGAGAAGUAGCCAUGACUUUCGAUCCUUUGGACAACUGCCUUGGCGACCCUCACAACUACUACUACGACGAUGACGACAUACCAGACGACGAUCUUCCACCUGGACGCGAGUUUUGUCACGGGCGCCGACUCCAACGACUAGAGCGAGUGGAGAACACCGCCUGGGAGGAAGAGGAGGAGGAGCUCGAGCGCAUGGCUACAUUGCGGCCGUGGUACGUUCCACAGCGUGAACAUGCUUCCUUACGUGUGGAAAGGGCAGAAUUGAGUGCUGAUCAGCGACGCGAUAUUGAACGGAUUCGGACGGAAUUCGGGGAGUGCCACACGCGCACUCUCGAUGCCACUCCGAGCCGUGCCGCAGACUGGUUGCGUAUGGCGGAACUGGUGCAGAGCGAGUGGGAUGUUACCCAGAUGGCGUUUCUCAUAUACGAUUCACUGGAGUGUCCUGCAAACGGACGGCUCGCGGAACUUAGGACUGAAUUGUACGGUCUUGAGCCUCCUUACACAUCGUCAGACCUUAUUUGGUACUAUCAUCGGCAGGUAGACACCCAGACCACACCAGUUUCUCAGCCUCUGGCUCUUUUAGAAUAG